GCCGCGGAGCUCGGGGAGCGCCGCUGACCGGAGCCGCCUGCUCAGGCCCUGCUGGCCUCGGAGCUAGGGAAGGGAAGCAGGGGGUGCGCAGGUAGUAGGGCGGCCGAACCCCCUGGGGGGGCGGGGGCCGUCAGGGCGGCCCAGCCCCCCCUCCCUUCCCUUUCUCCCUUCCCCCGCCGGAGGACGCGGCCCGGCGCCCGUGGCGAGAAUGGUGAAGCCGCCCCCAGCCCCCGCGCCGGGCCGGGAGGCGACCGAGCCGAGCUGGGCCCGAGCUCCCAGGGCCGCCCUCCGCAGGGGCUGAGGGGCCGAGCCGAGCCCCGCCGGGCCAGUCCCUUAGCGGCAGGAUGACCACUCCCGCCCUGCUGCCGCUCUCCGGGCGGAGGUUGCCCCCCCUGAACCUGGGGGCCUCCGCUUUCCCGCACCACAGGGCUACCUUGAGACUCUCCGAAAAAUUUAUCCUGCUCCUUAUUCUUAGUGCCUUCAUCACCCUGUGCUUCGGGGCGUUCUUCUUCCUCCCCGACUCCUCGAAGCACAAGCGCUUUGACCUGGGUUUGGAGGAUGUGCUCAUUCCACACGUGGAUACUAGCAAAGGGGACAAGAACCUCGGCGGCUUCCUCAUCCACGGGCAAGGGCACGACGAGCACCGGCACAGAGAAGAAGAGGAACGUCUGAGGAAUAAGAUCCGAGCAGACCACGAAAAGGCUCUGGAAGAGGCUAAGGAGAAACUGAAGAAAUCCCGGGAUGAGAUUCAAGCUGAGAUUCAGACAGAGAAGAACAAAGUAGUGCAGGAGUUGAAAAAGAAGGACAGCAAGCCACUGCCCCCCGUUCCUUUGCCAAACCUCAUCGGCAUAAACAGCGGAGAGCCGGCAGACCCCGACGUCCGAGAGAAGAGGAACAAAGUCAAAGAGAUGAUGAAGCAUGCCUGGGACAAUUACAGGCAGUAUGGCUGGGGACAUAACGAGCUCAAGCCCAUUGCCCGCAAAGGACAUUCCACAAACAUAUUUGGAAAUUCACAGAUGGGUGCUACCAUAGUAGAUGCAUUGGAUACUCUUUAUAUCAUGGGCCUGCACGAUGAAUUCAGAGAAGGACAAGAGUGGAUUGACAAAAAUCUUGAUUUCAGUGUGAAUUCCGAAGUGUCAGUGUUCGAGGUCAACAUUCGCUUCAUUGGUGGGCUCCUGGCAGCAUACUACCUUUCAGGACAAGAGGUCUUCAAGAUCAAAGCUGUGCAGCUGGCAGGAAAACUUCUUCCAGCCUUCAACACGCCUACAGGUAUACCAUGGGCCAUGGUGAACCUGAAAAGUGGUGUGGGUCGAAACUGGGGCUGGGCUUCCGCUGGCAGCAGCAUCCUCGCUGAGUUUGGAACUCUGCACAUGGAGUUUGUGCACCUCAGCUAUUUGACAGGGGACCCUGUAUACUACAACAAGGUCAUGCACAUUCGGAAGCUGCUUCAGAAGAUGGAUCGCCCCAACGGGCUCUACCCCAACUACCUGAACCCGAGGACUGGCCGCUGGGGGCAGCAUCACACCUCCGUGGGUGGGCUGGGAGACAGUUUCUAUGAGUAUCUGUUGAAAGCCUGGCUCAUGUCAGACAGGAUGGACACGGAGGCAAGGACAAUGUACGACGAUGCCAUUGAGGCCAUAGAAAAGCAUCUCAUCAGGAAGUCCAAUGGAGGACUGACCUUCAUUGGGGAGUGGAAGAACGGGCACCUGGAAAGAAAAAUGGGCCACUUGACCUGUUUUGCAGGGGGAAUGUUUGCCCUUGGAGCAGAUGGUUCCAGAGAUGACAAAGCUGGACACUACUUGCAACUUGGAGCUGAAAUUGCACAUACAUGUCACGAGUCGUAUGACAGGACAACAUUGAAGCUGGGUCCAGAAGCAUUCAAGUUCGAUGGCGGUGUAGAGGCAGUGGCAGUGCGGCAGAACGAGAAGUAUUACAUCCUGAGGCCAGAGGUGAUUGAGACCUACUGGUACAUGUGGAGAUUCACCCACGACCCCAAGUACAGGCAGUGGGGCUGGGAGGCCACACAGGCAAUUGAAAAGUACUGCCGGGUCAGUGGGGGCUUCUCUGGGGUCAAGGAUGUCUAUUCCUCAUCUCCUACCUAUGACGAUGUGCAGCAGAGCUUUUUCCUUGCGGAGACUUUGAAGUAUUUGUAUCUGCUUUUCUCCAACGAUGACCUUCUGCCAUUAGACAACUGGGUUUUUAACACAGAAGCUCAUCCUCUGCCUGUUUUACAUCAAGCCAACACCACACUGUCAGGACAUCCUGCCUACCGGUGAAAGCAGCUCUGGAAGAGGAAGAGAGACUGUUCUCAGCUCUGUUUUGUUUACAUGGACCACUUGAGACUUUAAGCAGGAGAGUAGACAGGCACUUGAUAAAACUCGACCUCUUGAGUCAAGCGAGUUACCGGUGUGAGAAACAAAGCUCUUCAACAGAGAGAUAAGUGAAAGCUUCUGGUUUAUACAUGACCAAAACACAUGAAGUGUGGCAUUUGCAGGGCAGAGACUUACUGUGCUUUGAGCCCUAGCAAGACAGAAGUGCAUCAGCAUAAGAAAGAAGAGGCUUUGCCACCCAGGGACAGGAAGUUGCUGCUCUUCUGUUGGCAAGAAAUAACCCACCAGUCACGUUCAGCUGGGUUCCAAAUACUUAGAAUUCCUUUGUCUUUUCUUUUUCCUUCUUCUUCUUGGUUUGGUUUUUUGUUUGUUUGAUGACAGCAUGAACAAAGCAACAACAAUAAAAAAAAGCAACAUCUCUGCACCAGCAGUAGCAGGAUUGGAAUAUUUGUUUCUGUACCUGUCUGAAUUUCCCUAAGGAGCAUCUGUUUGUCCAGACUGGCAGCCAUUCUCAGGGCCUCUAAGCUAUUAAAACUAAACUGUUAAUCCAUCAAAAA